AUGGAAGCCCUAGACUUGCUCGAACCAUUCGAGCUUGAUGAGUACACGAUAGGAGAGGUGAGAAAUGCAUGGGAGAAUUUGGAGCGACGAUGCGGGUCUCCCAAAGCGGCGGCCGAGGAGUUUCUCCAAAAGCUUGCUGCUGCCAUCCCGAAGACCGAACACAUGCAGAAGCGUGCCAGCACCGUCUGGACAAAGCUGAACGAACUGCUUUCGGCCUUGCAUGACCAAUCAAUGUACACGACCCGGUUGGAAUACCUUGCCCUGAGGCACAUGAAUCAGGACAUCUCAGCCCCAGAAAUAGAGACUUUCAAAGGGCUGCUUCUUGAAUUCUGUGCUCAGAAGCUGGGCGGCAUGAUGACUCCUGAGUUUCAGUUCGGCAUCUCACGCCUUGUUGAUGCAGUGGGUGCAUCCUACCAGCACACCCGUGAGUUCUACAAGUCCAACCUGAAGAUCCUUGAGGCGAGCUGGGUGGUAGUGCAGGAAAAUUCCAAGGAGGCUGAAGCCGAAGCGGAAGCUGCGGAGGGCGAGGAGGGUGAGGAGGGCCAGAUGGAGGCACAGGAGACUGAAAAGGCGGAGGAGCAAGCAAACACGCCAGAGAAGAAAAAGAGUGGUGAACGUGCAAGCAACGAGGCCAACAAGACCAUGAAAGAGGGGUCAGCAGCGAAUUCGCAAAAUAUGAAUGUACCCACAAGCUUUGGGGAAAUGGCACGUUUUAAUGCUUCAGUCAUGGGCGUUGGGGACCGGCCAUGGCUUUCAGAAAUGAUCACCGCGCUGGACAACCUCGUCCCAAACGUGGGCAACAUUGACCGCUUGCAGGAAGAGUGCGAUGUCCUCUCGCUGCUGCUGUGGCGUCACUCGCGGCAUGAGCAGCUUGAUCUCCCCGGCUUCAAGUCUGUGAUGUUCGCCUCUCUGAGGUCCAUGUUGCAGGCCAAGUGGAGCAUGAAGUACGAAAACGCUUGGAGCUGGUUCUGGGCAUGCAUCGAAAAGAUGCUAGAUGCCAACAAGCAGCUGCCGGGCAUGUACUACAGCCACCUCAAAAGCUUCAGUGAGUCUCUUGAUGAAGAGACAGCGGGGGAUUUCAAGCUUGAAGUCUUUGAGACUCUCUUCGCCACCUGUGUGCAGACUCAAGACUACCUGAAAGCAUCCAAUGCUCGCCUGCAGUAUAUCAUGGGUCGUAUCCUGCGUGUCAUGGGCGACAUCUUCACCAAAACAAAAACGGCAGUCAGGGAUAUCUCCGCCCUGGGAUUACUCCAUGCCGGAUAUGGGGUCCCUGAGGACCUGACUGUCCCUUUCGCAGAAGCAAUCAUGAUGACCGUCAAGAAAUUCAGCACUAACGAGUCCAUUCAUCCUGGGGUCCACUGGUGUCUGAACCUUGUCAGCAGGAUUCUGACGCGGACUUUGGCCGAAGGCUCCACAGCCGUCAUGCAGUCAAUCAACAAGAACUCGGCGAAGGAGCUUCAGAAAGCCGUGGCACCUGCUCCUCGAGGUAAGCGAGAGCAGCUGCUCUUGCGAGUCCAGGUCGGCACUGAGUCCAUUUCACCUUUGAUUUGGGCCAUCGAGACCGGGGCGCUGAAGUCGGCGCAAGCUAUUCUCCAGGAGCUGCUGACAAUUCGGGCGGACCGCUCCUCCUACUACUACAGUAUGAAGGGCCUUUUCGUACGACACCCGGACAUUGUGCAGCUGCUGUGUCGGCAAGCGCCUACGCUUCUGAGCCACCUGCUAGACGGUCUGGUUUGGAAGUCCAAGAAGAUCAAGGGAGGCACGCGGCGAGUGAACUACUACAUUGGCUCCCUGUUGGUCGAUGACACCGGCAAGCUGACCCCAUCCCUGCAUACCUUGAUUUUGCACGGUGACCCGGAGAUAGUCUGUCAUUCAUGCCCAGCUUUUGCCGCAGACUUGCUGUGGAGUCGCAUGUGCGGUUUAGCAUUCAUUGGCACGAAGAUGUGGUUUGUCCUCACCUUGAUCAACUUCAUCGUGGGCUUGCAGUAUGGAAUCCUGCCGAAUGAUCCGGCGGGACCGAGUCGCUUUGUGCUGAUAGGCUGCCGAGCCUUCAUGUACAUUUUCAGCUUGGGGCAGCUCUUUGCCAAGCACAUGUACCAGAUCUUGAAGUCCUGCGCAGCAGGGAAAACUUCGCAUUGCUUUUGGUGUUGCAAGGUGCCAACAUACUCAAUUGCCUCGAGGCAGGAAUGCAUCGAGCUUAUCCUCGUGCUAUUCUUGCUGACAAUGCUGGGCAUGGAGCCUUUUUUGCACUGCCUGCAAGUGAGCGAUAACUGGAUGACCAGUUGUUGUGCUUUUGGGCAGUUCUAUUGCGACCUCUCAGAGUGGUAUGAUCGUGUUUCUUGCAUUCCAAUGCUUCUCUACUUCGUGCUGGCUUUCGAGCUGGUCCACUUCAACAUUCACCUUUCCUGUUUCGCAGUGAUUUGUACACGAUUUUGGUGGGAGUUCAUCGUCUACAUAGGGGCCUUAGUGUUUUUGGCGACGGCUUUUGCCUCCGCGAUAGCGUGCUUGCCACAGUCAGGGCUGGAAGGAAGCAUCCAGAUGAGGGACUUCUACAACUGGCCCGCUGCGUUCCAGGCCCUCCUGUCGAUGGGACUCAACGUCUAUGGUGCAAAUAGUUAUGAAGAAAUUGCCCUGGCGUCUGAACCACUCCUGAAGUGGUUUGUGAUUGCCUUCGCAUCGUUUUGGCAUGUUUACUUUAUGAACUUGAUGGUGGCUCAGCUAUGCCAGCGGUAUAUCGCUAUUUCCAAGGAUGCACUUGGAUAUGCGCGCCUAACCCGCGGAACCAUCAUUUUCGAGACUGCAAUGCCGAUGAUCCCCGUGAAGCGGUGGACGAGGUUUGUCAACUCGCUGCAUCUCGAUGAGCCAUGUGAGCUUGACGAGGGCGACGCAGGUCCCAGAGGAGGUGUGGCAACCUCGGAGGGCCAGUACGAGUACCUGAAUCACCCGUCCAUCGAGCUAGAUCGGGUUCAGCGCUUUGGAGGCCUUGCGUCACCACAGCUGCCAUGGCCUCCAUCAGUGGAGGAGGAUGACAGUGCUGUUGCUCUCCUUCAAAAAAGCACGGACAAGAGGUUCGAUGAAAUCGAGAGGCUUGUCUUUGAUAUUGCAGUCAAACUAGGCGUUCGCAACCAGCAGGGUGCCCUGGCAUCUGUGCUGGGAGGAUCGCAGCUACAUGGCUCUGCAAGCCAUGCCAGCCAUCAAGAUAAUGAAGCUGACAAGUCCAGAGGAGGUGCGGAAGACAAUGGACACUCUCCAUACAGUGUUGGCAUGGAGGAGGAAGAGGAGGUGGAAGAGGUGUUCCUCGAUUCCUUGAUGGAAGGUGCAAAAGCUGAGGUUUUGGACAUGAACAAAGAGAAGGGUGAUGCUGUUGUGUCGAAGGUUGGCGAAUCUAAUGCGCUGUUCGUGGAAUGCAACAUCCUGGAUGAGAAGUCCGUUGAAGAAUGCAUGAAGGCCAUCAAGCAGAAGUUUGGAAAGCUGAAUGGCAUUGUCAGCUGUGCAGGCGGCCAGACUCUCGGCACAGGCGCUACACUGGACAAGAAGGGAAACCCUCACGCGCUGUCUCCAUUUAAGAAGACCGUGGAGCUGAAUAUCCUGGGCACGUUCCUCGUGGCGACGAAGGCAGCAGCCCUGAUAGCUGAGAACUCACCAGAAGACGAAGACGGCGAGCGAGGAUGCAUCAUCAACGUCGCCAGCGUUGCAGCUCAAGAUGGUCAAAACGGCCAGAUUGCGUACUCAGCAGGUAAAGGGGGCAUCAUGUCCAUGACCCUCCCCAUGGCCCGCGACUUGGGGAAGCGAGGGAUCCGCGUGAACUGCAUCCUGCCCGGUGUGUUUGACACACCGAUGACAGCGCCUUUGAAGCAGUUCAAGCCGGCAGUGUACAAAAACCUCGCGGAGUCGAACGUCUUUCCGAACACGCGCCUGGGCCUGCCAGACGAGUUUGCCAAGAUGGCGGUGGCGAUCCUUGAGAACAAGUUUGUGAACGGCGAAUCCAUACGCGUGGACGGCGGAAUUCGGAUGAAAGAACUUCUUAAGUUGUUGCACACCGACAUGGCGGAGGGCCACCGCGCUGUGGCAAGGGACCCAGGACCAGUGGACUUGGAACAGGCGGCAGCAGUCGACAUUGGCCUACUUCUCCGGGAAGCUGCCUACCAUCGAGACCUGUCUCGCCCAACUGCAAGAGAGCUGGAAGCGGCACUGGAAUCCUUGACAGUUUCCGCGGCCAGUACAGACUCGGCAAGCCUUUGUGCUCAGGCAGCAGCGAUCCUGGAGCUCCAUGGUGCAGUCGUGGUGUCGGCUUUCUUGGGAGAGCAACGCGCAACAGAGCUGGCAGAUACAGAUUUUGGAAGUCUUUCGCCUGCGAACCCAGGUAUUGAAGGGUCGCCGUCCUUGGGGGGUGGACGUGGGGACUGGGCUGUUCUGCCAGUGGAGGCUCCCGAGCAAUUUCUUGCGCAGCUGGAUUCUUUCGUUGCAGGGCUGCGGCCACUUGCGGAAGGCAAGAUGCAAACAUGCGAAUUUCGAACCUGGCCGAUGGUGACUGUUUAUGAGCCGGGUAUGAGGUAUACAUGGCACCUGGACAAUGGAAAUUGCAAGAACGGACGCCUGCUAACAUGCAUCUAUUACUUCAACAAGGAAUGGCCUGCUGAAUCCGGUGGCCAGCUUCGUCUGCUUAAGCAGAAAACCUGCGAAAUGCAGAUCUUGGCAGAAGUGCCGCCGGUCUUCGACACACUGGUGCUCUUCUGGUCCGCGAGUGUUCCACACGAAGUUCUACCUCCCUGGACAAGGCUCCGACAUGCAAUAUCGGUAUGGUAUUUAUGCCCGCUUUGCGGGGGCGAGCAUUUCUCUGUCGGACACGCCGAGGCAGCCUUUGGCCAAUCGGUACAAUCAGCUGUUGAACGGAUCCGGUCCGCACUUCAAGCUACACAGCCUACAGCAUUGCAAGAGGCUGAUGCUGUCCUUCAUCAGCUUGUCGAACUGGAGUUCACCAAGUCGUCUUUGCUUGGGCGUGGCUAUCCCACAGAGCUUCUGGACAAGGACCAGCUCGGCUUUGGUGGCUACACGCCGCCUGCACCCAACUGCCCGGCCUUCAGCUGUCCCAAAGGCAAGCUGCCGGUCGGAAAGGCAGAUGUGGAUAUUGUUAGUUUCGGCUGCAAGGAGGCUGGGCUCAAUGUUUUGAGCAUGAAAGACUUUGAUCCUUCCAACCCCUAUGCGGGCAUGAACCAGAUGGGCAAGAACCUGAACAAGUGCUGUCUCGAACGAGACAUUUGCAAGCAAACAUGCGGGAUGACGUCGAAAGAGUGCCACGACAGCUAUCAGAAGUGUCAGCAGAAGGUCUGCAAAGGUGAUCAGAAUUGCCAGUUGCAGGCGAUGGUUGCGGAUUUUUCUGGGGAUCCCUACGAUGUUGACAAGGCUGAGAAGUUUGAUGACAAGAAAUAUGAUCCGAUGGAGUCCAAAUGUCGGUCAUACUCCGCAGCACAAUCAGCCGUUUGCGAGUGCGUGGAUCGCAGCGAAGCGCAAGCUGCGAACGAGAAGAAACUGAAGGCAUUCUACAAGAAGUUCAACCCUGAGAAGCUGAACGAUAGUGGUGAAAUUAAGGACGUUGAGGAGGUGUGGAAGAAGUGGAAGGGCAAGGACAGGAGUGAUCUGUGCUCGCGUCUUACGGGCGGUGUAGGAGAGCAGGAGAUCCAGGCGUCUCUUACAAGACAGGCCGUCACCAUCAAGGAGAAGCCGAAGCCGCCCCCCUACGAGCCUCCACUGUCUCUCUGGUCCGUUCAUGCAUUGAUGCCUGUGAUGCGCUUCUCGCAGCCACCGCAGCUCGUGGAAACGUCCAUGGCGGCAGCGGCAGCAGCAGCGGUAAAGAGACGUCAUGAGGUUGAAGCUGCCAUUGCCGAAGGGAACAUCGGAAUUGGCGCACGGGUAGAAAGCUAUGCGAAGAAGGAUCCGCUGCCUCCGGCUGACCAAGCUGGAAUAUGGAGAUUUCAGCGCAAGGUCGCGUCUGCCUAUAUGGACAUCAAGUCGCAGAUGGGCGUUGCGGCACUCAUUUGCGGAAAUUUCCUGGUCAACAUAGUAGAGAAGUGGGUCGACCCGCAUGGAGACAAGCAUCCAGGCCUUUGGCGAGGGACCGACCUCUUCUUCAACAUCAUCUUCUCCUUUGAGCUGAUAGUGAACAUGUAUGGCUUCUGGUGGCGCAGAUUUUGGUCUUCUGGAUGGAACAUUUUCGAUGUGGUAGUUGUGUCUAUAGGCAUUCUAGACGUCUUCGAAGUGCCGCUUCCGGGUCCUCUUAGCUUACUUCGCAUGAUGCGGGCUUUCCGUGUAUUCAGACUUUUCAAGCGCGUUAAGUCGCUGCGAAAGAUUCUAGAAUCCUUGGCGAAAGCUAUGCCCUCGCAUGUGAAUGCCUUUGGCAUCCUCUUCCUGGUAAUGUGUAUCUACUCGAUUCUGGCCGUGGACUUUUUCAUGAACUUUGCGUCAGAAGGAUAUUACACCAACGUGCUGAAUAUGACAGUGCCGCUGAGAACAGCGCGCGAGCUCAACCACGGUGAGGAGUACUUUGGAAACUUUGGCCUCUCACUGUUCACCAUGUUUCAAGUCCUGACGGGCGAUUCCUGGUCAGAAGCCGUGGCACGGCAUCUGAUAUUUACAGACGACGUCACCCGUACAGUCGGGACGACAGUCUAUUUCAUUUCGUUUCAGCUACUUUGUGGAAUCGUGCUGAUCAACGUGACCAUAGCCGUGCUAUUGGAGAAAAUGGUGGAUGACGGCUCAGAGAAGCUGGCCGAAGCUCAGCGGGCGGCAGCUGAAGCAGCUGAGAGCUCCUGUGCGACCGUCGACUGGGCAUGGCAGGUUUGUCAGCUGCCAGAAGCAGAAUCCAGGGGAGUCGUGGAGCUGGAGAGCGAAGUGCACGUUCUCAGACAAGAUAUGCAAGUGUUCAAGCAACACUUGGAAACUCUGGCAGCUGUCUUGAAGGACAAGCCUUCACUUCUUCGGCUGCGGCGUGGCAAGCCACCGUGA